GUCAAUGCCGACCAGCUGGACGAGAAGCUACGACGAUUGAGCCUUGACAAGGGCCUCGACGAUCGCCCUUCUGUGCCUGGACAGCGGAUUUCCGAGUAUGAGAAAGCUCUGAACCCCCAAGCUGCAAAGCAAGGCCCUGGAUUCCAGGUCAUAAAGCGCUCAGAACCCCGCUCGGAUGGGAUCCGUCUCGAUAACUUUCCAAAUGAGAUCCUGACGCACAUUUUUUCUCACCUGCCGCCCGACUGCCACUCCUCGGUGGCGCUGGUGUCGAAGCGAUUCUGGGCCCUGGUUACCACUCAUCAUGCUUGGCGCAUGGCGUUUAUGCGUUAUUUCCCAGGACACACUAUCCUAGAGAGCAAUGGCAAAGCCGCCGCCGCCCACCCCUUGACCGGCCCAUCUUCCGAUGUUAUGCGCUUCGAGACUCGAUACUUCCCUCGACUUACAUCGCUGGCUACUUGGAGAAGCGAGUAUCUUUUGAGGACUCGCCACCUGAGGAGCUUGGCCCGUGGCAAGCCAGGGACUCCCUCGGGAGGGAGCUUGUCUGGCCGGGUCGGCCGCGCCGGGAAGAAAGCAAGCGCGGUUUUGACCUACAACUCGAAGCUGCCCUGGCAGGUGACCAACCUCCACGCAGUCUUCUUGAAUGGAAAGAAGCCGCCACGUGUUAUGCAAGGAGCCGGAGAUCUCGGUGCAGCAACCAUUAGCGAUCCCACCACUGGCAAGAUUGAAAAAUGGGGUCUUGAAGAUCUAUUUACAACCCCACAGCUGGAUGAGGUUGCUCCUAAUCUGGUGCCAUAUGGCUUGGGAGACGGCCCAGCCGGUGUCCCCAACGUGAUGGAUGUGAGCUAUACUUACGGCAUGAUAUCUGGCGAGGGAUUCCCAGGUGGCCGGCCGUUCUUCCGAGGGGUCAAUGAAAUGCGUGGCCGCUAUAUCGGUGCAGAGAUCAGCGCUGUGGACACCCACCCGGACAUCCCCAAGAUCCCCGAAAUGUCUGAUGCGAUUUGCAGCGUAUGGAUAGCCAAGUCGUCGACCGUUACAUCAACCACUCAGUCAAUGUGUGGCAUGCUAACAGGCUCGGCUCUCGGCAUCAUUACUGCCUAUUCGCUUGGUUGGGAUACCACGGGCCCGAGAUAUGCCAAUGGUGGUGUCACAGCACGAUGGGUCAUUAGCCCUGGUGUCCCCAUCAUAUCCCUGAAAGUUGACGACAGCUUCAACCAAAAGCGCAAGUCAUCUUCCAGGGUCUGGGCUGUGGCAUUGAAUGCGCUAGGCGAAGUUUACUAUCUAUGUGACGUGCCUAUCGGAAAACCAGUUCGAGCUUCUGCAGAGGAAAUGACGAGAAAUGCCUGGUAUGCUGGCCGUACAGUAUACUGGCACCUUCUAGAGGCAACUCGCAGAAUUGCUCGGGAGGACGAGCUGGACAAGAACGCAACCCGUGGAGGGUAUUCGCCCCGAUCACCCUCAGCCAGCAUGCAUCUCAGCCAGGAACAGCUUGUGGCUGAGGCCCGAGAAAUAGAAAAGUUUAUGCGCUACAGGCCCUCCCACUUCCGAAAAGUGUGCGAAGGCUGGGAUAUGCAGCGGAAACUAGAGGUGGAUUUCGCAAGUGAUGAUAGCAAAGGUGCUGGGGAGAGCAUCUUCGUGAUUGACUGCGGUCUGGCCGAGAACCGCCCUGCUGGUAUUCAACGUUACUCGCGUUCCUUGAUACCUGUGCAAGCCACUCCUAGCGAGUCAACGACACCUCUUGCUCCGGUUUCUACAUCACUGUUUGGUAGCAUUGGAGGGUUUGCCAAUCGGAUUUCCCCGAUUUCCGAAUCUCACACACCCUUGUCUCCGCCGCCGACUCCGAAGUCACCCCCCAUGCCCUUGACAGUUAUUCAUGACUGGUCCAAACAAGUGUUUGAUCUCAGGGGCUACAGCCACGAUGUUGUGACGUCCGUCGCUUUGGAUAACUCACUCUCCUCGCUUUUCACGCUAGGGGAAGACCCUCUGCAUACAGCAAAUGAAGCGUCCUCUACGACGAGUCCUUGGGCCGAUCACGGGGCAAGAGAAAUCCCCGGGCGUAGAACUCGCUUCAUCGUUAUUGGAACCAACAGAGGUGCGGUUCUUGUUUGGAAUGCCCGGGAUGACGAUAGAACCCGUGAGAUACAACCACUACGCAUUCUUCAAACAGAGUCCCCAGAGGUAACUGCAGUUGCAGUUUCUGGGCUGUACCUCGUUCAUGGUGGCAGUGAUGGUCUUGUGCAAGCCUGGGAUCCUUUGGCAUCCACGGCUGAGCCUAUCAGGACCAUCAACGCCAGGUCAAAUGGGCGAGUCCCUCGUCACAUGUUGGUUAUGAAUCCAGCACUACAGGAGAGUACGUACGCGGCCGUGAGAGCCAUACACCUCGACCCUGAUCCCACAACCCUUCAAGGUGUUGUCUCUUUUGGAGCAUUCUUGCGAUAUUGGUCAUAUGGAUCAAAUGGUCAUGCCGCAGGCCGUAAACGACGCGUCCGACACUCUGACAUGGACGCUCGGCUCGCCAGUCGUCGUCAAGGCCAUGCAGUAUCAGGAUACAUUGCCUCUGAGGAAGCUGAAAUGCGACGGGAAAAUGAACAGCAGGCUCGCGAGCACAGCCGCCGCCUCAAGAGAUUCGGCGCGCUGGGCGACUUGACCGAAGAAGAGGCGCUCCUUUAUGCCCAAAUGGUCUCCGAAGAAGCGUACAACGUAGAGGAGCAGCGACGGGCCAGCGAUUCGGCAGCUGAUGCCAGCCUGGACACUGCUUCUUCCGUCAGCGAGAACACUGUAUCGACUCUGACGCCAGAUCCAAGUGUCGCCGGUCCGUCUGCUUCAGAAACCAGUGGCGUGGCCGAAGAUGAGUACGAACAGCAGAUUCAACAGGCAAUACGAUUAUCCUUGAUGGAA